UAGAAAUAUUUUACUUACAAUAUUCGCUCGAUCGAGGUCGCCACUUGUUCUCUUUCUAAACAGCCAUUUUACGUUGCAUUCAGAUUUGUAAUCAUGCAGCUGUUUAUACAAGGUCAGAAGACUCAUGCAUUUGAGGUUGCCACCUCAGAAACGGUGCAGGAUAUCAAAGCGCGACUGGCUUUGCUAGAAGGCAUUCCUGCUGACGAUCAAGUCCUGACUCUGGCUGGUCAGCCUCUUGAUGACGGAUUUAUCCUUUCAGCAUGUGCAACAGAGAAUUGCACUGUAUCACUGACUGCCCGUCUGGUUGGUGGUAAGGUACACGGCUCCCUGGCGCGUGCCGGUAAAGUGAAGGGCCAGACACCAAAGGUUGAGGCCGGCGAGAAGAAGAAGAAGAAGACGGGGAGAGCCAAGCGACGUCUGCAGUACAACAGACGCUUCGUCAAUGUCGUGCAGACGUUCGGCAAGAGGAGAGGACCCAACUCCAACACGCCCGCCUCAUAGGAAUCCCAGCCGCGCGUUCUUGUGAUUAUGUCGAUAUCUGUAAAGUAAAAUAAAGAUUUCGCACAUAGAGGUC